GAUGUUUUGGGCGGGUCUGGGCAUCCCAAUCAAAAUCUUUCAAAAGGCAGUUAUGGUAUCAGAGGGGAGGUAGAUCAUAGAUGAGAUGCCGAUCAAAGAAAGAUUAUUAGAUAUCGAAGAACACAGUUCAUGUUACGAUUGGUGACCUAAGACUCAAUUGAGUCGCUGUACCUCACCAUGAAAUGGUUCCCCGAUCACGAGAAACACGCUAGAAAAAACUAUUCCCUUCAGAAGUUGAUACUUGGGACCGAAACCUCCGAGAAUGAACCUAAUUACCUUACGCUGGCUCAAGUUCACUUCAGUAUCCUCUUCAAGAUGCCAAUACUGAUGCUUUUCAUCAUGGAGCUGACCCCUCCGGGGGUUUGGGUGCUCCAACGUCAAGGGUUUGCUCAAAGGGGAAUCAAUCCUUCAAUUCUUGAUUUUGGAGAUAAGAUUGCUACAAAUUCAAGCAAACCCUUUUGA